AUGACCUCGAUUUUAGAAGAAAAAAAGUUAAAAGUGAAAAAGAAGAACACUAACCGAGAAGGAUACAGAAAGAGAGAGAGAGAAAGAGAAUAUCAGGAGAGAGAAAGAAGAGUAAAAAAGAAAGUAAUAAGGAUUAAAAGGAAGUCAGGGGAGAAAGAAGAAGGUGAAAAAGAAAGGAGAGAGAGAAGAAAAUGCAAAGCGCAGGGUAGAAAGAAAAAAAGUGAGAAAGAAAGGAGAAAGAGAAGCGAGAGAGAAAGACUGGGGAGAAAGAAAAAAGUGAGAAAACAAGGAGAUAGAGAAGAGAGUGAGAAAGAAAGCAGAGGAAGAAGAGAGUGA